GACAGAGUAGGAGACCCCUGAGGCUCGGAGAAGAGGGAACUGCAAUAGGAAAAGCGGAUUCGGGGGCUCUUGUUUUCAGAUGAGCUAAAAUCGAAAAGCGGCGUCACCGAAAAGCUGAAGAGGCUGUCUCAUGGCAGACGACACACCGAGGCAGAGAGAGUCCUUCUCUCUCACACCUGUGAUGCAUGGCCUGGAGAACAUGGGAGCUGAGUUCUUGGAAAGGAUGGAGGAAGGCCAGCUCCCCAGGAACUCAAGCCCUCUGGAGGACGGGGGCAGCAAGAACCAAGCAGCGUCAGAACCCAGCUCCAGAUGGAGGAGCCUGCAGCUGACCGUGCGAGCAAGAAGCUUCUACAGGGAGCACAAGCAGCUGUUUGGAUGGAUCCUCACAGGCCUGCUCUGUACUGCGUACGGUGCCUUCUUGAUCACGGCCUGCCUCCUGAACUUCCAGAGGGCCCUGGCGCUGUUGGUCAUCACCUGUGUGGUCCUCGUCUUCCUGGGCUAUGAUCUGCUGAAGAGGCUUCUGGGGCCCAGGCUGAGGAGGUGUGUGAAGUUUCAAGGCCAUUCUCGCCUGAACCUCUGGCUGAAAAGAGGUCUUGCCCUUGCUGCUGGCCUGGGCCUGAUCUUGUGGCUAUCUCUGGACACCGCCCAGCGGCCCGAACAGCUGGUGUCCUUCGCAGGGAUCUGUGUGUUCCUUGUCCUUCUCUUCGCUGGUUCUAAGCAUCACCGGGCUGUGUCAUGGCGGACUGUGGCCUGGGGCCUGGGGCUGCAGUUUUUGCUUGGCCUCUUUGUCAUCAGAACAGAGCCGGGGUUUGUUGCGUUCCAGUGGCUAGGUGAUCAGAUCCAGGUCUUCCUGAGCUACACCGAGGCCGGCUCCAGCUUUGUCUUCGGGGAGGCUCUGGUCAAGGAUGUCUUUGCCUUUCAGGUUUUGCCUAUCAUCGUCUUCUUCAGCUGCGUCAUGUCGGUUCUCUACUACGUGGGCCUCAUGCAGUGGGUGAUUCUGAAGAUUGCCUGGCUGAUGCAGGUCACCAUGGGUACCUCAGCCACUGAGACCCUGAGUGUGGCAGGAAACAUCUUUGUGAGCCAGACUGAAGCUCCCCUGCUCAUCCGGCCCUACCUGGCAGACAUGACACUCUCCGAAGUUCACGUUGUCAUGACUGGAGGCUAUGCCACUAUUGCCGGCAGCCUCCUGGGCGCCUAUAUCUCCUUUGGGAUCGAUGCCGCCUCCUUAAUUGCUGCCUCCGUCAUGGCAGCCCCCUGCGCUUUGGCACUCUCCAAGCUGGUCUACCCGGAGGUGGAGGAGUCCAAGUUCCGGAGUGAGGAAGGGGUGAAGCUGACUUAUGGAGACGCUCGGAACCUCGUGGAAGCAGCCAGCUCUGGGGCUGCCAUCUCAGUGAAGGUCGUCGCCAACAUUGCUGCCAAUCUGAUUGCCAUCCUGGCUGUCCUGGCCUUCAUCAACGCUGCCCUUUCCUGGCUGGGGGACAUGGUGGAUAUCCAGGGACUCAGCUUCCAGCUCAUCUGCUCCUACAUCCUGCGGCCUGUGGCCUUCUUGAUGGGCGUGGCCUGGGAGGACUGUCCGGUGGUGGCAGAGCUGCUGGGCGUCAAACUGUUCCUGAAUGAGUUUGUGGCCUAUCAAGAGCUUUCCCAGUACAAACAGCGCCGCCUGGCAGGGGCUGAGGAGUGGCUCGGUGACCAGAAACAGUGGAUCUCUGUCAGAGCAGAAGUCCUGACGACGUACGCCCUCUGCGGAUUCUCCAACUUGAGCUCCAUCGGCAUCAUGCUCGGAGGCCUGAGCUCUCUGGUGCCCCAGCGGAGGAGUGACUUCUCCCAGAUUGUGCUCCGGGCACUGAUCACUGGGGGCUUUGUGUCCCUGGUGAACGCCUGUGUGGCAGGGAUCCUCUACGUGCCCAGAGGGGUCGAGGUGGACUGCGUAUCUCUUCUGAACGAGACCCUCAGCAGCAGCAGCUUUGAGGUGUACCAGUGCUGUGGCCAGGUCUUCCAGGGCACCAGCUUGGAGUUCAGCCCCGAGGCCCUGGACAACUGCUGUCGGUUUUACAAUCGCACGAUCUGCACAUAGCUGGACCUGAACAUCUUCCUACCCACAGGGGUCAUUCAGCCCGGGAAGUGUCUGUCCUCAAGGAGGCUGUGGGACUCAUCAGUACUUCCAUUCUACAACCGGGCAAGGGUGCUACAGGGAAUGAACCCUCCCUCACCCCUAGCCCCACCCCCACUCCCGGUCGCUUCACUGCUCCUCCAUGCCCUACCUCUUCAAGUGUGAGUUCCCCACAUCUCCUCUGCUCCCGUGCGCUCUGUGGGCUAACAUUCCCGUCCUCUCUAGCCCUCUUUCCUUAGCGUCCUCAUGUGCACCUGCCCCAGGCCUCCUCCCUGCUCCCUCCCAAGCCUCAGACUUCAGUUCCCAGAGCUCUUUCUAAACCCGCAUCCUGUGGGACAACAUCUCAGUGGGUGCCAUGGUCUGAGGGUCCCGUGACCCACUCAGUUUGGAACACUGAGCUAAAUAAAGUUAGACAGGGUUAGUUUGUCUUGGUUUUUAGAUGGGGUCUCAUGCAGCUCAUUCUGUAGCUGGUCCCGAUCCUCCUGCUGUCGAGUGCAGGUGUGCCCAUUAAACCUGACCCUUAAGAACUUGUUAUUUGAGCUGUCAAGAGGCCUCAGCUGGUAAAGGCAUCUGACGCUAAACUCGAUGAGCUGAAUCCCGUAGUAAAAGAGAAUGACUUCUGCUUGUUGUCCUCUGACCUCGACAUGUGUACUAUGGCAAUGCCCCCACACCCUCCCGAUGAA